GUGAGCUGAGACCGCCGUUAACGCAUCGAUAAACGAUCGGCGGGACAGUGGCACAAUAUCUAACUUUUUAAGAAGUCUUCUUUUUUAUCGUUGUCUACACCACAACUUGAGAGUCUGCUUCAUCAAUCCCGUGAUGUUGCUGAAAUCGGCUAAACCAUUUGGAUUAACGUGCGGAACACGGACUUCGAACAUGAGUUGGUUUCUGCAGCGCUCGAUGCGGAGAGUGUUCUGAGAUAUUUCGACUGCGUGAAAACCGCCGCACAGGAAUUACCCGGUUAGCCAACAGUAGCUUAUUCGGUUCAGGGAAUUUUGUCUGUGUAUAUUUAUUUGAACCCAUUGGAUGGAGUACUUUGGACAGACGUGAACAUAAUCAACUUUUAUGGCGUUUCGGGACCUGAUGUGGAGAGAUGGAUAAAUGUUUCUUGGUUGUGGUCAAGAACUAGAAAAAACGUCGAGCACAGUUUUUGAUGGUGCCAUCUGGACAAGUAGCUUUUCUCUAACAAGGAAAACACAGCAGACACUUUAUGCUUAGUUUAUCCAAUGCCCAUCACAGUUUAUGUCAAUCGCUGCUGUUCCUGCGCAGAACAUCAGGUUCUAACGAGUGUCGCCAGUGUCUCAACUAUACUGUGGUCUCCGGACACCGUGACCUUUCCUAGGUCAGUGUUGAGAACUUUGUUAAUCGAUGAAUAAAAUAAAAACAGCACGCAUAUCUGGACACCUGACGGGGAGGUAGCGACGCCUGAUCGCACGGAGCGAAACGAGAAGCCGAAGCCCUCGCAACAGUGGUCCAUCUGGACUACCGACGAUUUUCAAAGAGGGACACAAACGAGAGAAAAUAGGAUUUCAGAGUUUACAUCGAGCGAUGCUAAUCACAAGCUACUGUGUGACGAGCUGUCAACGCGUAUAACCCACAUGCGCGUCUGUUGAUUUUGGAUAGAGACGGGCGACAACAACAGCGAUUUGCCAUCGAUCUGAAUGCUCUUAUCGCGACUUUAAUUCCUGGGCUUCACUAAAUCUUCUGAACAUGGCUGGGUCUGGAAGCUGUUGGAAGAAAUACCUCUGGAUUUUGACCAUCCUUUGCAGAUGUGCUUUACCUAUAGCCAAAUCACUGGAGGGGGUGGUAUGGAGCUCACAGAAUUCCAAUUUUGUACAGGGAAAGGGGUUGGUGAUCUACCCCGAGAUCGGGGACAAACUGGACAUCAUCUGCCCCAAGGGUGACGCCGGUCGGCCGUACGAGUUCUUCAAGCUCUACCUGGUCAAGAAGGAGCAGGCCGAGUCCUGCAGCACCGUGCUGGACCCCAACGUGCUGGUCAACUGCAACAAGCCCGAGAAGGACAUCAAGUUCACCAUCAAGUUCCAGGAGUUCAGCCCCAACUACAUGGGCCUGGAGUUCAAGCGCAACGUCAACUACUACAUCACCUCCACGUCUAACGGGACCCUGGAGGGCCUGGAGAACCGGGAGGGAGGCGUGUGCACCACGCGAUCCAUGAAGAUCAUCAUGAAAGUGGGCCAGGACCCAAAUGCUCCUGAAUCCACUGACCCGGCAAAGCCAGACAAAGAUCAGGACAACAAAAUCCCCGAGUCCCCACCGGACAGAAGCAACAAGGAGCCAGAAGGGCCUGUCAUGCCUGGAAACAAAGACACCAUCAACCAGGACAACAGCCACUCCGACUCGGCCGACGGCAUCUUCAGCUCCAAGCCGGCGCUGUUCGCCGCCAUCGGCGCCGGCUGCGUCAUCUUCCUCCUGAUCAUCAUCAUCCUCGUCGUGCUGCUCAUCAAGCUGCGCAAGCGCGGCGGCCGCAAGCACACGCCGCCGCGCGGCACGGCGCUCUCGCUCAGCACGCUGGCCACGCCCAAGGGCUCCGGCGGCGGCGGCGCCGGCUCGGAGCCCAGCGACAUCAUCAUCCCGCUGCGGACCACCGAGAACAACUACUGCCCGCACUACGAGAAGGUGAGCGGCGACUACGGCCACCCCGUCUACAUCGUGCAGGAGAUGCCGCCGCAGAGCCCCGCCAACAUCUACUACAAAGUCUGAGGGCGAGAGAGAGAGAGAGAGAGAGAGAGAGAGAGAGAGAGAGGAGAGAGAAAGAGUGAUGGAGCGAGAGAAUGAGAGAGAGAGAAGAGAGGGGUGAAUGACGGAGAGAGGGAGAGUGGACGAGGCAAGGAAAUGGACUGACUUCGAUACGGGACAGCUCCGUGGAAAAAAGAGAGAGAGAGAAGAGGAGAGGAGAGUUCCCUAAUCCUGACCCUGUUCCUGUAUUCCCCCCCCCCCCCCUCCUUACUACCUAGUCUGUGUGAUGUGCGAUGAAAGACUUGUUUCAUGUCCGGGAGUGGACGGUCCGGUCCAGUCCAGCGCGGCGCCGGCAGGAGUAAGAGAGGGCAAAACACGGACUAAAGCUGUGGAGGAAGAGGAGGAUGACGAGGGAGAGGAAGAAAAGGCAGGGGACGGAGUGUGAGAUUCGGGUCUAAGCCAGGACUCGCUUCCCCCCUCUGGCCUCUGGCUCCAGCCACAUCCUGUCUCCUCUCCUCUCCAAAAUGGACGCUCUCACACCUGUUCCCGACCUCUUCUCUGUGGACGUCGAAAAAGGAGCUGACUGGUCCUCUCUCUCUCUCACUCUCUCACUCACUCACUCACUCACUCUCUCACUCACUUAUACACUCUCUCUCUCUUCCUCUCUCGGUUUUUCUCUGUCCCUCGCUCUCUGGCUCUGGCCGUGGAUCAGUAUGUGUGUGAGUGUGCGUGUUAGCGUGUUAGCCCUUGCCGCUAACACCUAGUGCUUCAGGGGAUGUUGAAAGCCCAUGUGACUGGGGAAAAGAAAAAAAAAACAAACCUUUGUUCACACAGACUUCUCCACGAAGAAGAAAACGAGAAAGAGACACUAUUUUCUUUUUUUUUCCGCCAGAGACUCUCGAAAAGGGCGUAGUUUUUUGAUGACGUAAACACACACGUGCCCCCCCACCCUAUCACCACCACCACCACCACCACCACCCACCACACACCCAAUCCCACCACCACCACCCACCGAACUUUUUCUCGCACACGGACAUGUUCUAGAAAAUGCUCCCUGCUCUUUUUCUGUUGGUUUAUUUCAUUGUUGUUUAUGGUGUAUUUUUUUUAAAAAAAUGGUUGACCUCGUUCCCCUCUUCACCUCCUCACUCCUGCUCACCAGUGUCUUAUGCUCCUGUGCUGUUCCUCUCUCCGCCGCGCUCCAUUUUGAGCAGGGUCGGUGGGUGAUGUUGCUCGCUUUCCUUGUUCCGCGCUGCCCUUGUGGUAGUAUAUCAUUAGCCAGUAACGCUUUAUCAAGCCAAGCCUGCAUACCUGCACACCAACACACCCUCACAUCCCCCCCCCACCCCCCACUCCACCAUUCCUGUUCUCACAUGCUUAGGAAGGUAUGCACUCUGAAGUGGAAAGACAGAGAGAGAGAGAGAGAGAAUUACAGAGAGAGUUUGUGUGUGUGUGUGCGCCCCUGCGUGUGUGUGUGUGUGUGUAUGUGUGUGGGGGAGAGAGAGAGAGGGAGAGCAUACGGGAGAAAGUGAGAGUUAAUGAAAGACAAACAGGUCACAUUAUAUUAGUGCUGAAAGAUCAUGACGACUGAAAAGGUCUGACGAUAAACAGAGAGGGAGAGUGUGUGUGUGUGUGCGCGCACAUGAAGGCGCGCGCGUGUGUGUGCGUGUGUGUGUGUGUGUCCUAAAUUAGCCUCGGCUUUUUCCCCACGGUGAGCAAGAAUAACAAGAUCAAAUUUGUCGGAGCAGAAUCAAACGUGUGGAAGCAAUUUAGAUGCUAUCUAGGGUGCGGUGACCUCCGACCCCGUCUCACUGACACGCUCGCCAGCGUGAUGGAGGCGGCGGUGGGGGGGGUGGGAGAGGACAGAUUCCGGGGGAGACGCUAAAGCGGCCGUCCGCUCCUCUCACCCUCCGCGUCUGACCGGAGCCAGAGGAGGACAGUGUGGGGUCAGAAAAAAAGGAAAAGUGACCGUUGGUGGACAGGCUUUGAGGGGGGACAGAACUGGACGUCCCUCCCUUUGUUUAAGCAUUUGUCAGACGGGAAAGGGGUUGUAUGGGGUCGGGCGGGAGGAGGGGGGUUUGCUGUAGGAGGAAAAAAUCCAACAUAUGUUCUGUCCAUCUCCAUAAAAUAAACGAGUUUCAGGAGAGGGAUGCGAGUGGAAAAAGUAGGAGCCAGCUUCUUCCUCUAACCCCCCCCCCUCCCCUCCCACACCACCACCACCACCACCUCCACCACCACCAGCACCACCCACCCCUCUGCUGCUGCAGCUUCCCAAGGACUGGAAAAAAUGAACAAAAGACAAAAAAAAAGGGGCAAGCGAGAAAGAAAAGAACGACAACAGAAAAAAAACAGCAAUAGAGAACGCGCGAGAGACACCACGGCACAAAAAACGAAUAAUUUCACCCACAGGAUAGCGAGCAUACAGAGAGAGCGAGCGGAACGAGAGAGAGAUAGAGAGAAUAUGAAAGCGUAUGAUGAGAGGUAAUAAUAAUGAGCAUAGGCAAUGGCGUCUGAAUAAUUUCUGUUGCUAAUGACUGUUUACCUGGGGCUCUUUCAAAGGCUCACGAGUCGCGCGUCGAAAUGAGAGGCUAAAAGCACACAUCCUUUCUUUAGUAUAAAUAACUCAUUUGUUAUCAAACAAAAGGCUUUUAUCAGACGCUAGUAAUUGUGCUCCUUUUUCUCACCGUGGGGGUUUUGUUUUAUUAUAAACACGCGCUUCAUCCUUUUCUUAAGUGCCCACCCCUACGCACCCACACUCGCUUCUCCAAAACAGACACACACACACACACACACACACACACACACAUACAUGCACACUCACACACACACACACACACACACCAGUUUCUCGCUCCUCUUCUCUCUGUUAUCCUCCAAUGAACUUCUCUUCUCUUGCACUUUUUUUUUGCACCCAUCCUUCCAUCCGCCGGGCCAUCUGGUGUUAUGCAGAGGAACACACACACACACACACACACUUUCACACUCACACACACACUCGAUCGAACACACAAAGCGUUUGUUCUGGUUGGCGUCUCUGGGCUUAAAAGAGAAGACAUCAGCUCAGCACACUCACUUAUCUCUCUCUCUCACUCUUAGACUCUCCCUCCCUCUCUCUCCAAUGGCCUCUCUCACCACUUGGACGUGUGGUCUCAUUUCAGAUAAGGGGGCCCUCACCCAGCUGUGUGUCGGCUGCGCUGUUGGCCCACCCCAGUCAGACACCUUGUUUUCAUGUGAGGUGGGACUGAGCCCCUGGAGUGUUUGUCUUUAAGGUACUCUGGCUCCCCUCUCUAGUGUGGGUGAUGGUUUUAGACUAAGUUAUUAAAUUAUGUAUGUGAACAGCCUCGCCAUUAAAAGACACUUUGAAUAGGAACGUAAAGAAGAGGAAGAAGAAGAAGAAGAAGAGGAAGAAGAAAAUAGCGCUUCAGCUGUCUGGUCAGGGCGUCAGGGUAGAUAGUGGAAAAUUCCGGUGUUUUUUUUACGCAUCUGGCGAAAUAAGCACCAGCAAGUGCAGAUGUUUCAAUCUUUUUUUUGUUUUGUUUCGUUUGUUUGUUAUCAUGUUAUUUUUAUUUUAAUGUUUAGGGAUUUUAGAAAAAAUGUUACUCCUUAAAUGCUCAAUCCCACGAUGGUUAAACCAACAACAGAUGUUUUGUACUUCCAGGUGCUGGUUUUUAAAAGCGUCUCAACACAUUAUCUCCUGUCUGUAGUGUCACAUAUUGUAGACUAUCUGUGCAAUUUAUACUGUAUUCUAUGAUAUAUGACCACAUCUGGAAAACUGUCGGUUGUGCUUGUCAACUAUUUAUACGACGUUUUUAUUUUCAUUUUUUUUUAAUGUUCAAAUAACAUUGUUAUCCCCGCUCACUUACAUUAUACUUACACAGAAUCCUACCGCAGUGCAAUUGUAGAGCUUACAGGCACAUUUGAAUUAACCCGGCCCCUAUUGUCUUUCUUCUGCUACAUAAUAAUCUCCCCAUCAGGGUUUGUCAUCUAUCGUAUUUACUUUGGUUCUUAAUCCCGUCGGAAACAGUUGGAACAGUCGACGGGCCCAGCUGCAACGCUCCCAGACCCAAUGUGUUCACAUUUCAGAAUUGUUCUGGCGUUAAAAAGAACAGAACACUGACAGCUACGACGAUUACUGCCACUGGCAGUCAGCUGUUUGCGUAUGUGUGCAUGUACACCUGUAAAAUUAUUUUUCUACGUGACUGCAAACAGGAUUUUUAGCGGUGUACACCGUGUGUGUGUGUGUAUGUGCGUAUGUGUGUGUGUGUGUGUGUGUGUGUGUGUGUGUGUGCCCCACAGUUAGUUAAUGACCCUGUUUAUGAACAGCAUAGGAUUCAGAUCCAGCCCCUCUGCACAUUAACCAAGAGGUCACACACACACAUUUGUGAUACACCUCAGUUGCUUCUGGCAUUUUCUUUUUUUUUCUGUUAUUGUUGUUUUGUUGGUGUUUUCUCUCUUUGUUGUUCUGAUGUUAUAGUUGGCAAGGCCUGAAAUAAUGUAAAUAAUGUAUGUGAAAAAGGUUAAAUUUAAAAGAAGUUACAUUUAUUAGAGCCCCAUUUAUGAAAAUAUAAUUAGGUUUUUUUAAUGCAGAAAUUUUGUAAAUAGGUGUCUUUUUUGAGGAAGACAUUUUGUAUAUGUCAAAGUUUUUUUGUUUUCUUUUUCUUUUUUGUUUUGAUUUUGCUAGGACAGACUAGGUUCCUUUAAAGAAAAAAAGAUUCUGUAGAAAGGGGGGUCUGAAGUGCCAGCUAUCACAAUGGAACACUUUAGAAGGAGAGGAAAAUGAGGAAGAAAAAAAAACAUUACAUGGUUCAGUUCACAUAGCAUCUCAGACAUUUCUUCAUUUCUGUUCUCUCUCAUUCUCUCAUGUCAAGAUAGAGGUUGUGUCUAAGGGUGUGUGUGUGAGGAGAGAAGCAGAGGUCGGGAUUUACUCAGUGAGCGAGCGAGAGAGGGGAAAAAAGAGACAGAGAAAAAGAGAGAGAAAAAGAGGAACACACACUUUGCCACACGUUUAAUCCAUUUUCUCCGAGGCUGGGUAUUGUAUCCGAGCUCACCCGGCGCCGUUGCCGCGUUAGCCUCUCUCUGUGCGGUUGAAGUGCAGCUGAAGCACCAGCGCGGCUGUUGUAGUUAGGGAGAGGACUGCCGUGCGGCGCUCACUCACCCAAGGCCCCAUUAGUGCAUUAGCCUCCUAGCCCGCCGCUAACGGUGCGGACGGCGGCGUGAACGGUUCCAGCUGUGCUGCGCAGUGCAGCGCGGGGGUGAGGGCCCGACGGGUGAAUCCCUGACCCAGCACAGGGGCUAGCUGGAGAACCCGGAGUCUGAUGAGAGGAUCAGUGCGCAGCGAGAGGAGAGAGGGGGCCAGCGAGGCGCUGCGAAAACCACACAAAGCAAAACAAAACAAAACAAAACAGGACACAAAAUGGAAAAUUCAAAUUAGAGCUGAGCAAGCAAGCCUCUCAUACGCUCACGCCUAUGCUCAUAAACACUCACACACACACACAGUUUGUACAGUCAAUUGCAAAUUUUCACACAAACAAACACACACACACACACACAUACACACGCACACUCCCAGUAUGGCUGUGGGGGAAGAGCGAAGGUUCGCUUUUGACCUGCGUAGAUUAGCACAAUAUUAGCCAGGUCUCCCUGUUUAAUGAGAAAGGCUGGAGGGGGGGCCAGCAGACCCUGUGUCUGACUGAGGUCACUCGACUCCCAGGGAAGAAACAGACCCGCGGGGGAAGCUAGCCUUGGAAUGCUAAUGCUAUGCUAGCCACAGCUCAUCUAACACACUCCACACUUGUAAAGUAUAGACACACACACAUACCCCCUCACAUACCUAUACUCACACACACAUACACACACACACCCUCCUUACAUACCUAUACUCACACACACACACACACACACACACACACACAUCAAAGCAAAUGCUAGCACAAGUGUUUUGAGAGUGCUGACACACGUAAUGUUUGAAAUGAUGAAGAGUGAGAUCUGUGUGCAGGUACCCCUCUUUUCUCUCCUCCGUUCCCUCUCUCUCUCUCUCUUCCUCUCUCCUGUGCUCCUCCCUCUCUCGCGCUCUCUGUAGGCUUCUCUGGGUCACGAUGUCCCGGCCGCUCUUUGCCGUGCCACUGGUAGUUUCACUCACUCCUGGCCUCUGUGAAAACACGAUUAUUAUCCUUCUUCUAAAUUUUUAUUUCUGUUUUAAAAUUUCAGUAUUAUAAUUAUUUUUAUUUUCGAUGUACAUGUAUGCCAUGAUCCCAGUGCAUUUGUGUUUUGUAGAAACUACUCCAUGAUCAAUGAUUACAUUCUCACUAAGACACACACACACACACACACACACACACACGCAGACACUCACACACAAAUGCACACACACUCACACACACACUGCCCUAUACGUACACACCCAUGCAUACCCAUACCUAUACAUACAUAGCUUUUACCACAUUCGUUCAUAACAAGUUACUAUGGAACUCCAUGGGAGUCCCAUAAGCCAAGUUUGAGACCCUGAUAUUGCAUAUUGAUAAAUAAAUUUUUUCCUAUGGAA